AUGUUCGCGAAAAGUGCCCUCUUACUAGUGUUAUGUUGCACGUUGUUGGCUGGGAAUGUACUUUCCAAGAUGUAUGUGCUAAUCAACAAAGUAGAGGUUCUUAAUAAUCCCAAAGUGGCCAACGCUUCAGCGGUAAUUAGAAGGUUCGGUUCCCCGAUGGACUACGUGGCUGAUUUUCAACUGCAGGUUCUGGAAACGGUUUUCGAUUUGAGGGUAUCCACGAUAUACUACGUGCCUUCGUUGACCGGAAACUACGAUAAGGCGUUCUACAACCGAACGAUCAGUUUCUGCACGUACCUACGACAACCUUCGACCGAUCGCAUACUCAAGAUGAUCUACGAGGACGUGAAUCGCCGUGGUUGCCUGCCCAAGCGGUGCCCCAUCCAGGUCGGUACGUACUCGUUCAACAAAAGCUUCCAUGGGUUCCGUUUGCCGGGCUUUCUACCGGAGAGCAAAUUCCGUUUCGAUCUCAACUUCUACCGUGGCCCCCAAUACGAAGUCUGCUUUCUGACCCAAUGGUACGGUGAGUUGAAAAGAUCGUUCACCUAA